GGCUGCGGGCGCUUCCUGCCGCCGCCCCCGCCGGGGCAGAGCGGAGCGGGGCGGGAGCUUAGCCCGGCCCAGCCCAGCCGAGCCGCGCUUUCCCGGGGCCAGCCAAACUUCCCGGGGGGCUGCGAGAUAUAGAUAUAUAUAUUUUUUUCUUUAAUUUAUUUUAAAUUUUUCGGUACUCUCGGCGGGGACCCCGGGGCGGAGCCACCCUCGCCGAGCCUGCGGCGACCGGGAGGGGCCCGUGCCCGCAGCGCCGCCGGCCCCCGGGGAUGGGCUCCGGCGGAGCGCCCGCCGCUUAGCCCGGCCCGGCGGGGCCAGCGGGGCCGCGCAGCAUGGCCGCGGAGCUCAGCGCCGAGGAGGAGCAGGCAACCAAGCAGUUCCUGGAGGAGAUCAACAAGUGGACGGGCCAGUACAAUGUGUCCCCGCUCUCCUGGAACGUGGCCGUCAAGUUCCUCAUGGCCCGCAAGUUUGACGUCCUGCGGGCCAUCGAGCUCUUCCACUCCUACCGGGAGACGCGGCUGAAGGAGGGAAUCGUGAAGCUGAAGCCACACGAGGAGCCGCUGCGCUCGGAGCUGCUCAGCGGCAAGUUCACCAUCCUGAGCGUGCGGGACCCCUCGGGAGCCUCCAUCGCCCUCUUCACGGCCAAGCUGCACCACCCCAGCAAGAGCGUGCAGCACGUGGUGCUCCAGGCGCUCUUCUACCUGCUGGACCGUGCGGUGGAGAGCUUUGAAACCCAGAGGAACGGGCUGGUGUUCAUCUACGACAUGGCAGGGUCGCAGUACACCAACUUCGAACUGGACCUCAGCAAGAAGAUCCUCAACCUGCUGAAGGGCGCCUUCCCAGCUCGGCUCAAGAAGGUUUUCAUCGUGGGAGCGCCCAUGUGGUUCCGUGUGCCCUACUCCAUCAUCAGCCUGCUGCUCAAGGAGAAGCUGCGGGAGCGGGUGCAGAUGGUGAAGAUGUCAGAGCUGAAGGAGCACCUGCCCCGGGAGUGUCUCCCCGAGUACCUCGGGGGGUCCCUCAAGCUGGACCCUCUGAGCUGGAACUGCCGGUUCCUGCCCCAGCAGAACGGGCACCCUGACCCCCUGGACGAGCUCAUCCUGGUGCCGCUGGUGGCCCCCAAAGAUAAUGGCUCUGUCCACGUCCCCGGGCCCAAGUCCCUCACCCUCCAGGAGCUGCUGGAUCACGUCAGCCGCAAGCAGAAGCGUGGCAUCUACGAAGAGUAUGAAGAUAUUCGGCGCAGGAGCCCGGCCGGCACCUUCGUCUGCUCUUUGGCACCCUACAACCAGGAGAAGAAUCGGUAUGGGGAUGUGCCCUGCCUGGACCAAACCCGAGUCAAGCUGGCCAAGCCGUACAGCCGCCCAGAGCUGACUGACUACAUCAAUGCGAGCUUCAUGGAUGGCUACAAGCAGAGGAACGCAUACAUUGGGACCCAGGGGCCUCUGGAAAACACCUACGGUGACUUCUGGCGCAUGGUAUGGGAGCAAAACAUCCUGGUGAUCGUGAUGACGACCCGGCUGGAAGAGGGAGGCAGGAGAAAGUGUGGCCAGUACUGGCCCCUGGAGAAGGAUUUCCAGGUGUGCUUCGGUGCCCUUACCAUCACCAACCUGGGCAUGGAGAACCUCAACCAUUACAAGAAAACCAUCCUGGAGAUCCACAGCUCAGAGACCAGGGAGCGGCGGUUGGUGUCCCAUUUCCAGUAUCUGAGCUGGCCAGACUAUGGCGUCCCCUCCUCUGCUGCCACCCUCAUUGACUUCUUGGGGGCCGUGAAGCAGCAGCAGAGAGUGGCAGUCAGCGCCCUGGGACCUCGUUUCAAGGGUCACCCAGGGGGACCCCCAAUUGUGGUGCACUGCAGUGCUGGCAUUGGCAGGACAGGUACCUUCUGUGCACUGGACAUCUGCCUGUCCCAGCUGCAGGACGUGGGCACGCUGAACAUCUAUCAGACAGUGCUGCGCAUGAGGACCCAGCGCGCCUUCAGCAUCCAGACCCCCGAGCAGUAUUAUUUCUGUUACACCGCCAUCCUCGAGCACGCCCAGCGCCAGGGCCUCCUGCUCCCCAACCACAGCCACGCCGCCCAGGAGAGGAGCUCACCGGGACACUGAGACCCGCCACCUCCCCACGGAACCCGCUUCCCGUCCUCCCGGGGCCCACCGGGACGCGGCAGAGCUGUCGGGGCAGCGGUGCUGGAGCAGGCAGCUGCCCGUCCUCGGCCAUCAGCACCGCCGUGGAACUGUGCCUUAUUCAAACCAAACAGUGGUGGAGGACGUGGUGGGAAGGGGCUCUCGCUCCUCUCUGCAGUAUUUCUGUUGGGGGUUCGGUUGUUCGGGGAGGUGGUUUUUCUUCUUUUUGAGAUGUGUUGUUGUUUGUUUGUUUUUAAUUUUUUUGUUGUUGUUGUUGGGACCAUCUAAAGUGUAUCUAGAGAAUGGGCUUUGCAAAGCCCAAGUUAAAUGUAUUUCCAGUCCUGGCCUGGGGUUAGGAAGAGGCACCUACUUCAGUCUUACCUGCCACUACGUCUGUGUGUCCCUACGUAUGUGUGUAUGUGAUAUAUCCUCACUGUGCCCAACCGCAGCUGUUAUAUAGAUACAUAUAUACAAGCACCCGCUUUAGCAGCUCCUGUGGGUCCCUGCUCUCCUUCGUCUCACUGCUGUGAUCCCUGGAGUGAUGAGGUUGGUCAUGGCUCUGUCUUGUCUUCCCCCCCACCCCCUUUUCGUCCCCUGUCCUGCCCCUCGCGGGCAGCCCUGGGACCCGGUACCUGCUGCUGUGCCCAUCCCACAGGAUGCUCGGCCGCAUCUCCUCCUUGUCUCAUCUUCCCCAUCCUCGUCUCUUGCUGGGAGAGGGGCAGCUCUGAUCCCGGGGGGAGGAUCUCUGGAGGAUUUUGGUUGGGGGGUGAGGGGCUCACCGGCAUCCCCUGCCCAUUGGGGCGCAGCCACAGGAGUCACUAGGUACGAGAUGACGGGGACGGGGACCAACCAGUUGUCUGGCUUUCCCGAGCUGGCAGUGGGGACCUGGCUCUGCGGUGAGUCACGGGCUGCGAAGGCGCUGAGGAAAAAGCCAAAACCCUCGGGAGGUGCUGAGCUGACCUUGGGGAGCAGCACCCACUGGGACACCACGCCGGCCCCCCCUGUGCUGCCUGGGGAGCCGGGGCCCACGGUGCCUGGGCCCCCAUGACUUUAUACUGUAAUAAGCUCUUUGAAUGUGUAUAUUCUUAUUUUUUUAUAAUCUGUGGGGGUGUUUUGGUUUUUUGUUUAUUUCUGUUUUGGGUGGGGUUUUUUUGUAUUUAACAUUAACUUGAUCCAAGCCAGAGCCAGAAGUAUUUGUAAAUGUUCCUAUUUUGCUCUUGUUCAGAGAAACAUUUUUGUUAUUACUUUGGGGGGUUUUGUUUUGUUUUUAUUUGUAUCAACAUAUAUAAAUACACUACCAGUGACCGGUCCUCUUAGCUCUUGUGGUGGAGUUGGUCAGGGGCAGGAGUUCAGGGCUUUGCCUACCCCACAGUCCCCAUCCUUGGGGGAACACUGACCUGCCACAGCCCCCCCAGCACUUUGGGGACAGAGGGAUGGAAGCGGAGAUUAAAGGAAUGGAGUUGUUGAGCACGUCUGGUGUUGUUUCCAUGGCAGGUACUAAAAAAACAACAUUAAAAACCAACCAACCAAA